UUUAGAUUAUAUUUAAGCUUUUUAUGUAUGUGCUUGCCAUUAAUUAGAAAAUUUAACAGAGCAGUAAAAUUUUCCAUUACGUUUCAAGCCUUGACAUGAAGGAGCACAGGUAUAAGUUUUCAAUAGAGUGGAGAUUACUCAAAUAGAAAUUGGAUCGUUUUUUAUCUUGCCUCUCAUGAUUGCCUGAGGAAAAAUUUUGAGCCUCCCCUAGAUUAAAAUCGUUCCACCGCCUAUGUGUGGAUGUGUACAAAAAGGAGAAAGAAACAACAAAUGGGUCAAUACAAUACAUUGCUGCCCACACACUUAGCUGAGUUUAUGUGGCGUCGGAAGUUCGGUGAUCGACCAUUAGAGAACUUAAUCAGAUGUAUACGUGAUUUAUAUCCUGUCCUGUAGUUUUUUUUUAAAUAAAUGUUUGAAUUUUAUCUUUACCGCGACUUCUUUUUUUUUCUUUGAAUGAUCACACUCUCACAUUAGAACGUCAUCUAUAUGGGAAUAAUUGUGAUAGAUGCAUCGUUAUCACCAAUCACUUUUUUUUCCUUUCCUCUCUUAUAUGAUAGGGUGUGACUAUUCUGAAGAAGUACCCCCAAAUCCUAUUGGUUGAGCAGUAGCCAAUAGAAGUCAAGUGUUUAUAGGCAAGGUUUACCAGGAUAAUUUUUAUGUCCACAUAUUCUAAAAUGACUCAUCUGGCUCAUUCACUUUUUUAAGUACACAUAACUCUCGGAUUUAAAUCCGAAGUUUCGACAUUUAUUUUUUCUCAUUCCUCUAUUUUUGAAUAUCACAUUGUACAAACCGUUAGAAACGGAAAAACAUGUAAAAUAUUUUUUCUAUUUCUUUUAUACAGAUCGAUACGUUGCAAUCACAUGACCUUACAAAUAAAAAUUCACAAUCAAUAACAAAUAAUAAUAAUGCAAAUGAAGAUAUGACAAAAAAAACCAAGUAAACUAUGAAUAUAUUUAUAAAUAAAAGUUUUAGUUUUUUUUUAACUAGGUAUAAUUGUUCAACAAGAACCAUAUCAACAAAUAGAAAAAAUACGAAUUAAUCUUCAUAAAUUACAACUUGAAGAUCCAGCUGAUUUUACACCUAAUUUAAUAAAAGAAUUAUUACAAGAUGGUUAUUCUUUUGAUAAUGAUACUAGUGAACGUUUACUUCAACAACGUUAUUCAGCAGCAAAUAGUAAAGAUGAUGAUGAUGAUAUAAAUGAUAAUGAUAAUGAUGAAGAACAUCAACCAUUAAAAAAAAAACGUAUACGUCGUACAAAUGAUAAUAUACUUAAUCAUAAUUCAAUUGAUGUAAUGAGUGCAUUAAAUAAAAAAACACGUGAUCGUUUAGCACGUAAACCAUUAUAUAUUGAUGCUGAUCCACAAGAAAAUACAUCAUAUCAACGUUUUAUACAAUUAUUAGAUAUAUUUAAUGAUGAUUAUGAAUGUCAUCAUGAACAGUUUGAACAAACACCUGAUGAUCAUUAUCUUGAUUUAUUAUUAUCUGAACAUACAUUAGAUGAAAUGGCAAUAUUAUCUGAAAAAUUAAAACUUUCAACAUAUAUGUCACGUAUUGAUCGUAUGAAAUUAAAACGUUGUUUAUUAGAAAUUUUAUCAUUACGUAUAACACAAGAUAUUGAAAUAAGUUCAAUACUUAAACAUGAUAUUAAUGAUGAACAAAUAAAUGAAGAUAAAGAAAAUAAUAUACCAAAAGAAAUUCUUAUUGAACAUGUUAUUGAAAAUACAUCUUUAAUUAUAAAAAUACAAUUAGCUAAAACAAUAUUUCCUGAAUAUGAUCCAUUAUAUAGAAAUGAUAAUCAUUCAAAAGGCAUUUGUAUUUAUGUUGAAAAUAUUGUUGAUAUUCAAGCACAUUCAUUACGUAUUCUAACAGAAUUAUUUUCUCGCUAUGAACAUCAUCCUGAUUCAAUACUUGAAGAUAUUCUUUUAUCUCUAUUACGUUUACCAACAAUUAAAAAAAGUCUUCGUUAUUAUCGUUUACUAUCUGGUGAAUCAAUACAAAUGUUUACAUCAUUAAUUAUGAAUUUAAUUCAUGCAUCUGUAUUAUUAGGUACAAUAAUAAAUUUAAAUAUAAUUGAUACAACAAAUGAAUUAAAUUUAUUAAAUACAUAUACAACAGCACAAAAUUUAGUAUUUAAAUUUUUAAUAUUAUUUUUUCAUUCAUGUGGAACAAAACAAGGUGAAGAUGAUUAUCGUAUUCAUGAAAAAUGCAGGUAA